AUGCCGACAGCCUCGAAAUCCGGCAUCGAUGAUAAUAUCUACGGCGAAUUCUUGAACAUCUGGAUGCGGCAGAUGCUGACUUUUCGCCAGUCGCAGUGUACCAGCAAGGAUAUGAAAAAGCUCGAACACUUUUAUUUGUGGCUUUUCCUGUGCCUUGCGCGGACAACCUCGGCCGGACCGCUCGAAUAUGAUUAUGAAAAUGUUGCCACCUCCGAUUUGUCGGCCGUCGUUUACCCCAGAAAGCCGAUGAUAGUCGAAGUUCUGCUAUGCGUAGAUGCUAAUCUCCCGGUCUACUCAUCCACACGAUCAUCAAAGCUAAACGGAGCUGUGCUUUCUAUGCUUCAAUCCGUUAACAUGCAUUUCUAUCCGCUUAAUAUCCAAGUUGUGAUCGUGGAUGUAAUUCCGGUUCAAUACGAUGGCUCAGGACUGACAGAUUUUCUGGACAAACAGCUGAGCCUGCCCGCCCGAGAUAUGGUAUUACUCUUAACCGAAGAGAAAUAUGGCUCGGGCACAUCAUUCGCAGGCGGGCUAUGUACGGAGCGAGACACAGCAAUUCUGGGGCUAGAUCCGAGUCGGCCAGCCGCUGCUGGAACUGCAAUGUUCUACCAAUUUGUAAACCUACUGGGAUUAAACCAUUCCGCGCAGACCGACUGUGAAUGCUCAUGGGGAAGAAGAAAAUGUCUCAGACUGGGGGGCUAUGGCGACUGCGCGGUUCAGGGCGUGGUCAACCUCGCGGACACAAUUCCUUGUCUACGCUCUCAGGCACAACCAUCAGCAUCGUACGUACCCGUAUGUGGCAACGGAUUUGCGGAAUCUACAGAAGAUUGUGAUUGUGGACCAGCUAGUUAUUGCGGAAACCCCAUCUGCAAUGCCAAAACCUGUAAAUAUCGGGUGUCACUUGGCUGGAUCUAUGUUAUAGUGGCUGGCCUGAUCUUGAUGAUUGCAAUCGGGAUCGUGAUGGUGAUCAAGGCCAUUCGUUGUUGUUCUUGCAUACAUCGUAAGGCCACGGAAUCUCCGAAAAGACGUGUCAUUGUUGUGAGACACGAUACUACAACUUUAAAUGGUGUCCCUGCCGAUUACCGUAUUCGAACGAGAAGUAUCAGUAGCACCUCCAGUGGACCGGCCUUGCCAUUGAGCCCGGAAGCCGCAAAGAAAAAGAAAAGAUCCGAUCGCCUCCCUAUUAUCCCAACAAAGAAAAGCUCGAAAGCUUCAAGAACAAGUCUGAGACCGCCGAAGCCGACGCCUGAACGUUCAGGAACCUCGCCUGGAUACGUUCCGAUGAGGACAGUCACGUGGAGUCAGGUCGGAGCAACGUUCUCCCACAUGGCUAAAGGUCUACCGAUGCUUAACAACCGCGUGAGUGACACGGGAUCUCUGGACAAUAUCGUUGGAGCGCUCAAGAACCGGCGUCUAUCGAGACAUGCUGAUGAGCGUUGCCUUUCCCCGCCCAUCACUUCAGCACCAUAUUUGCAUGACAACUUCGGGCAGAACUUCAGAAAUGCUCAAUCGGCGCUUCAUUUGUAUAUUAAUCUACCAUCUGAUGAUGAAGCUCCUGUCGAUUUGCCAACUUUUCCACAUCCCUUGAGACGCCGUUCAUCCGUUAGCGGCCCACCUCCAACCAUGGACAUGAGUCUCUUUGAUCUCGAUGCACCGAUUCCAAUUUCAAUGGAAAACCUGGCUGAUGGCCAAGGCGAUCAACCAGCGACGAUUCGUACUCAUCACAAGACUAACAAAGGCUAUGAGAUUCCUGCUGCACAUAGAGAAACAGAAGAACCGGACAACGGUGCAGGAAGCGAAAAAUCCAAGCCAGAUGACAUGCGUGGAGAAGAAUUUAGCCGCAGAAUCGGCUUCGCCGAACGAAUAAAACCUCUCCGAACCGGCCUCUCUAUUGCCUUGGUUAUACUGGUACCCCUACUUGCAAUAGCCUUAUCCACUUCAACUGACAAAGAUGAUUUCAAAGUGGGCGUGCAGAAAGCGUUAGAAGAAAACAAACUAUCUGAGAAUCACGAACGGUUAUUAAACGCUACCCUUACAAACUGGCUGAAUCAGAAGAGCGAAGAACCCAUGGUGGUUUUGGUGUACACUUCCGAUAAAAAAGGAGAAAAUACGGUCUCUCAGUUGGUCAAAGUCGCACAAGAUACGUUGGGAGCUCCGGGGGCAUUCAAAGUUACAGAAACGUCUACCCGAAAGGAUCUGCAUGAUUACUUUUCCGAAGUAAAGUCCUCGGAUUUUCACAUGGGAUUUCUGACGAACGUGGCCGACUUACACAAUGACGCUCCAUUGGCUCUACAUGGAUGGUUCGAUGAUCAGUUCAUAAUUGGUGAACACUUAUACGUGAUACUUCAUGUCGAAGGACCAGCCGUUUCCUCGAACUGCGAAGAGAGUGUGGUCAGCCAAUUGUCAGAACGAUGGAAGCCGAAUAUCUCCAAAGAUGUUUCAAUUCCGGCAAUUUUGCAUAGUCGAAUUGAUCAUUAUAUGUGUAUU